AUGCUGCUCGGGAUGGAUGGCGUGUGCAAGCUUUCCGACUUUGGCUCCACCAUUUCUGAGGCGGCUGACAUGGCGCGGACAAUGGUGGAUGAGGUGAUGCUGCGUGGGACGGCACUCUACAUGGCUCCCGAGGUGGCGAGUGGGGGUCGUUGCACGCCCCAGUCGGACAUUUUUUCGCUGGGGAUUUCACUGCUAGAGAUGCUGCUUGGGCGUCUGCCGUGGAAGUGGAGCCGUACUGCGCCAGAGGGGAGCGAUGCGGCGUCACUGCAGGCCCUUUUUAACCGCGACCUUCUCUUUGUGCAGAGUCUUGCCCGCGGUUACCUGGAGCCGGAGAUGCCAGACUUUCUUGACUUUGAGGUGGCCCAUUUUGUUCGCUCCUGCUGUCACCCCAACCCUGCCAUGCGACCGUCAGCCUCUGCUCUGCUCUCAUAUGCUUUCACUCUCUGA